AUGCCACGCUCACCCUCGCUCUUCCCGCUGCUGCUGCUCCUGCUGCUGCCGCCGCUGACCCCAGGCCUCGGGCUCCGCGCCACCGGCGGCCGGCACCCCGAGUGCGGUCCGUGCCGGCCCGAGCGCUGCACGGCGCCCGCACGCUGCCCUGCGCCCGGGAUCGCGGCGCGCGACGAGUGCGGCUGCUGCGUGAGCUGCCUUGGCGCCGAGGGCGCGAGCUGCGGGGGGCGGGCGGGCGCGCGCUGCGGCCCCGGCCUGGUGUGCGCCAGCCGCGCCGCGGGGGUGGCGCCCGAGGGCACCGGGCUCUGUGUGUGCGCGCAGCGCGGCGCCGUCUGCGGCUCCGACGGCCGCUCCUACCCCAGCGUCUGCGCGCUGCGCCUGCGCGCCCGGCACGCGCCCCGCCCGCACCCCGGCCACCUGCACAAGGCGCGCGAUGGCCCCUGCGAAUUUGCUCCUCUGGUCGUCACGCCACCCCGGAGUGUUCACAACGUCCCCGGGGCCCAGGUGAACCUGUCCUGUGAGGUGAGGGCUGUGCCCACCCCUGUCGUCACAUGGAGGAAGGUCACACAGUCUCCUGAGGGUACCCAGGUGCUGGAGGACCUGCCUGGUGACCACGUCAAUAUCGCUGUCCAGGUGCGAGGGGGCCCUUCUGACCACGAGGCCACAGCCUGGAUUUUGAUCAACCCUCUGAGAAAGGAAGAUGAGGGAGUGUACCUGUGCCAUUCAGCCAACGCGGUUGGGGAGGCCCAGUCCCACGGCACCGUGACAGUUCUAGAUCUGAGUAAAUACACAGCCCCCCACCUCCCAGCUCCAGAUGACCGCAUGUGAUGGAGUCAGGGUCUUAGAAACAUUGAUGACAGGAUGUUGGAAGAGUCAAGUCAUGCAUCGUUUUCCUUGUGAAGAGUUGGAGAAACUGUGUUUGUAGAUGACCACUUUUGUAUGUUUUUACAAAUUAGAUGCAAACUAGAUUCCUAUGCAGAUGUAGUUUUUAGCAGGACAAGCAUUGGGAAACCAGACUGCAUGUGGCUUUUUUAUACUUUUGAAAGGAAUUGCUCUGUGAGAAUUCUUUUUUAACCUAACCUCUCCCAGGGAAGGUCACCUGGUGGUAUGUUUGUAAUUCUGAAGGGCUGGAACAAGAAGGCCUGUGUCAGC